AGCAGCCUGGGAUCCCAGAACUUAGUUCUGUGCUGGUUCUCAGACUCUGGCCGGCUCUCCGCGCAGGUGCCUCGCGCGCCGGGCACCUGGCCAUGUCGUCCUGCAGCCGCGUGGCGCUGGUGACCGGGGCCAACAAGGGCAUCGGAUUCGCCAUUGCGCGCCAGCUCUGCCGGCAGUUCUCGGGGGACGUGGUGCUCACCGCGCGGGACGCGGCUCGGGGCCGGGCGGCCGUGCAGCAGCUGCAGGCCGAGGGCCUAAGCCCGCGCUUCCACCAGCUGGACAUCGACGACCUGCAGAGCAUCCGCGCCCUGCGCGACUUCCUGCGCCGCGAGUACGGGGGACUAAAUGUGCUGGUCAACAACGCAGGCAUCGCCUUCAAGUCUGAUGAUCCAACGCCCUUUGACAUUCAAGCUGAGAUGACACUGAAGACAAACUUUUUUGCCACGAGGAAUGUCUGCACCGAAUUGCUGCCAGUAAUAAAACCUCAUGGCCGCGUGGUGAAUAUCAGUAGUUUAGAGGGUUUAAAAGCUCUGGAUAACUGCAGUGAAGACCUGCAGGAGAGGUUCCGAUGUGAGAUGCUCACGGAGGAGGACCUGGUGGACCUCAUGAAGAAGUUUGUGGAGGAUACAAAAAAUGAAGUGCACGAGAGGGAAGGCUGGCCCAGCUCGGCGUACGGCGUGUCCAAGCUGGGAGUCAUGGUCUUAUCCCGAAUCCAGGCCAGGAAUCUGGAUGAGAAGAGAAAAGGCGACAGAAUUCUGCUGAAUACCUGCUGCCCCAGUUGGGUAAUGACCUACAUGGCUGAGGAUUACAGCUCCAGGGCUGCAGAGGAGGUGGUUGAGACUCCUGUCUACUUGGCCCUCCUGCCCCCAGAUGCUACUGAGCCUCACGGCCAGAUGGUCUGGGACAAAGUUGUCCAGAUCUGGUGAAUGUCUGCUUUGGAGCUUAAUGUUUAAUAAAUGUCGGUGGAAUGAAUGAACAAA